AUGCAUUUAUACAUCGACGGUCACUUCUACAUCGAGGGUCCCUUCUACAUCGAUGGUCCCUUCUACAUCGUGAGUCCCUUCUACAUCGAAGUCUCAGUGUGGCCAUACCACGUGGUUUGUGACGUCAUUUUGGCUAGCACGCUAAGUAGAAAUUUGUCAACAUUGGCCCCGCUUAGAAAUUUAAAAUCCACGCACUUCUUCUAUACAACCUCGAAAAAGAAUGUGUACAAACUCGUUGGUCAAUAUAACGUCGAUGGCAAAGGUGAAGAUGAACCAAACAUCAAGAGCUCUUCCGAUAUUCGUGACCACGAGUUUGACAACCCGGGGAGACUGCGCGUGAAACCGAAGGCAAAAGAGGCCAAGAUGGACUCGAGUCGAAAUGCCGUUGCCAGGGAAACUUUAGGUGUACAGUGGGACUGUGCGAGGAGAAACGAAAGCAAGUUAUUGCCUACGUACAGACUUGGACUAGACAUGGAAGAAAUUUGAUAAGAAACCACCUUUCUGAAGAAUUCCGUGUUUUAGUAGCUUGACUUGAGCGAGAUGUAAAUAAUUAUCUGGUUUAGGCGGAAAAUGUCGUCCCCAAUAAGCCUGUGCUGACUUCAUAGGCAAAUCUGGGACGACACUUUACGCACAUGCAUUAUGCCCAGUUUUCUCAGUACACGACACAAUUGUGCUGAAUAUUUAUCUCACUCAAAUAAAUGCUAAUGGUAUGUGUUUAUUGUCGCCUUUGUGAAUCCGAUCAUAAUUGCUUGCAAAUAAUUAAUUGAAGCUUUGAACAGCAUUGAUUCAAACGUUGUUUUAAUAUCUCUAUUUUUGUCCAAAACUGUACAAUAUUUAAACUGCCCCAAUUUAAUACUCCAUUUUAUAU